GACAUUAUCUCCAUCCAGACUCCGCUGGAAAGGAGGUCGAAAUGACGGAUGUAAGCAUGGAAGAGAGACCCGGGGACAGUUUAUUUACAUCCGAAGACGCUGUGUAAGUUUAGAGGGAAGCCGCUGCGUGUGUCUCCCUCUUUACUUUCACCGACCCCCUCCUCCUCCGCUGGCAGAAAUUUAUAAAGAACAAAAAAUCCGACGAGGGAGGGAGGGGGGUUGAUAUACGCCGAGGCUGAAAUCGAGAGGCGAACCCAGGGAAAGAGGAGUAAUUUGUACACGGGACUUUCCCCCUCUUAGUCCCCCAAAAGGAGGGGGAAAAGUCGCAAUAUUGGAAACGAAAAGGAAUGAGCUUCUAAGGGCGUGAAAACGUCUGCAGUUGUGGAUACUUUAUAUAUUUUUAUUUCGAAAAAAUAUGGCCGAGAACGUUCUGGACUCUGGCCCGCCUGCAGCCAAGAGGCCUAAACUCUCCUCUCCGGCACUUUCCGCCUCCGCCAGCGAUGGAAAUGAUUUCGGCUCUCUGUUCGACCUGGAGCAUGAUCUCCCAGACGAGCUCAUCAGUUCCAAUGAACCAGGUCUGGUUCUGAAUGGUGGAGACCUCAGCCAGUUGCACACCACACUGGGAGGAGGACCUGCAGGGCUUGGUCCAGGUGGAGGGGCAGGAGGAAUGGGUCUUGGUCUUGGCCCUGGAGGGGGUCCUGGUGGAGGUCAGGAUGCGGUGGCCAAGCACAAACAGCUGUCUGAGCUUUUACGUUCAGGAGCACCGUCGUCUACCCAACAAGGGCACCAAGGAGCCAUGGGUAGCCCAGGAGGCCCCACUGCCAUGGGGCAACACUUGGCAAACAUGAAAGCUUCCCCUGGCCAGGGGCCUCCACAGAUGAUGGGCCAGGGGCAGCAGCAGCACCUCUCCCCUCAGCAGCAGGCCAACAUGAUGCAGCAGAAUGCAACUAUGAUGGGUGGCAUGAACAGGGCCAUGAUGGGAGCACAGCAGAAAGGCAAUAAUGGACAGCAGCAGCCAGGCAUGAUGGGAAGUCAGGUGAUGAAUGGCUCCCCUAGGAUGGGCUUUGGGAAUCAAGGGAUGGGUGGCAACAGUAAUCUGCUGGCUGAGACCCUACAGCAACCGGGGGCUGGAGGUCAGGCUGGGAUGAGAGGCCAGCAACCUGGAGCAAUGAACAAGAUGGGGAUGUUGGGAAAUCCAGGGGGCCCUUUUGGAGGUCCGUAUGCUGGGCAGGGGAAUCAAGGCCUGGGAGGGGCAGGGCUGGGCCCUCAGCUCCAAAACAAAGGUCCCAUGGCAAACAGUCUUGCCCAGUUCAAUGUGGACAAGAAGAACCAGCCCAUGCAAGGAAUGGCUGCCAUGGGCUCUCAACAAACACAAACGGGCGUGGGUGGCCCUUCAGGUGCACCUUUAGGAGGGGCCACAGGGAUGGUGCCUAACGCUCAGGCAGGUCUGGUCGGUCCAGGUGCCCAGGUUUCGGCAGCCACUGCUGCAGCAGGAGCACCACCUACAGCUGACCCUGAGAAGCGCAAGCUCAUCCAGCAGCAACUGGUGCUCCUGCUCCAUGCACACAAGUGCCAGCGGCGGGAGCAGGCCAACGGUGAAGUCCGCCAGUGCAACCUGCCCCACUGUCGUACCAUGAAGAACGUCCUCAACCACAUGACUCACUGCCAGGCUGGCAAGUCCUGCCAGGUGGCUCACUGUGCAUCAUCGAGGCAGAUCAUCUCCCAUUGGAAGAACUGCACGCGGCACGACUGUCCUGUGUGCCUGCCGCUGAAGAAUGCUGGCGACAAGAGGAACCCGCAGUGUGAGUCUCUACUUGGUGCGGCUGCUGCAGGUCUGGGCAGCUCUCUUGGAGCAGUACCUGGUGGCCAACCAAGUGCUCCCACCUCAACCAGCCAAGCCAGAUUGACCCAGCUCCAUAGAAAGAGCCUACGCAGCCCUGGGCCUCACUUACCAGGGUAA